ACAGGAAGUAGCAGCAGAGCAGAAGGCGCGAACAGAGAUCAGCUCCUCUUCACUCCAGCAGAGAAGAACAAGAUUUAUCUUCUUGCACCCCCCCACUCAAACCAGGAGAAUGUCUGACUUUGUCCAGGACAAAUCAAAGGCUGGGCCGUCCAGCAGGGACUGCAGGACUCCACCAGAGAAGGAUAAAGGGAAGAGGAAGUCUGCUCGAUCUGAUCAACCUGAUCAAACUGAGUUAGCCAAAAAGAAAUCAAGAACGAGUGAACAAUCCUGUGACGCAGCGAUGGGAACAGGUGCAGUGCUGACUGAGGUGAAAAAGACCAUGAGAGAGGUCGGUGACAGACUGGAUGAGCAGGUGAACACGGAGCUCAAGGCCUUUCUGAGGGAUGAAAUUAACGAUUUGGAAAAAGGCAGAAAGGAGACAGUGGGCAUCUUUGGUAAAACAGGGGCUGGAAAAAGCUCCCUGAUCAAUACCAUCAUUGGAGAGAAGGACCUGUUGCCCACUGGGAGCAUGACUGCCUGCACCUCAGUCGUGACGAAGGUGGAGGCCAAUAUGAGCAGCUGCAAGUAUGAGGCAGAGAUUGAGUUCAUUACCAAAAAGGAAUGGGACGAUGAGUUAUGGUUCUUAUUAAUGAAUAAUAAUCCAGAGGAUCCAGAUGAGGAAGACAAUAAUGAUGCCGUUGAUGAUGAUUGUGAUGACCAUGAGGAUGAUGAUGAUGGUGGUGAUGAUGGUGAUGAUGGAAAGAUCUUAGCACUGUAUGGAAAAGACAUUAGGAAAACCCUUGAAGAACUCAUGGAUGUCAAGCAUUUCAGAGAAAUCCCAGAAUUUCUCAGAUCUACAAAGAAGGAAUUGAAAAGUGACACAGCCGCCGAUCUAUCUGCUCGACUCAAAAGGUUCACAAGACAUGACGAGGACAACGAGGAAGGAGGACAGUACUGGCCUCUCGUCAAGUGUGUGACCAUCAAGGUGCCAAGAAGACCAGGUGUCCCCGAUCUUCUUGAGCACGUCACACUUAUGGAUCUUCCUGGAACUGGAGAUCGUAACCAACACAGAAAUAAAAUGUGGAAAGAGUUUGUCGGCAGCUGUUCCACUGUGUGGAUUAUGGCCGAGAUGAAUCGUGUCAUGGCGGAGACCGAGGCCUGGGACAUCCUGAGCAACACCGCCAACCUCAUGGGAAACGGUGGAGAGUGUCAACGCAUCGUCUUCAUCUGCACUAAGUCUGAUGACACAGGGAUGUCAAAGCGUUCUACAGAGGAAAAACGUGAAGACAUCUUCAAAAGAAACAAGCGAGCCAAAGAAAAAGUGAUGAAAGAAUUCAAGAAACAAGAGCACAUUAAGAAACAUCUCAGCGACGACAGUGAUGACUUUUUCCAAGUGUUCACAGUGAGCUCCAAAGAGUUUGAGAAAGCGGACUGUCUACAGAAAGCUGAGACUGAACUGCCCAAACUGCAGGAGUUUCUGCAAAGUCUUAACGACCAUCAAUCGAAGACAUCAAACUAUGUCUCUGGAGCUUAUGGGAUCCUCUCUCUGAUUCAGGGAGCCAAACGGGGAGAAAUGGCUCACCACAAACGAGAGGUGUGCAGACUCCUGGAACAAACAAGAACAGCACAAGUUCAGAAAAUGUGUCGAUCCAUGGAAGAAGCUUAUGAGGGUUUAGAGACCUGUCUGAGUCAGGGAGUUCAGAAAUCUCAACAAUCCUAUGAAAAAGACAUGAAAAAGGCCAUCUUAGAUAAUAAAGGGAACAGGGCCAAAGGAUUUCACAAGAAGCUGAAGUCUUUAGUUGGGAACGGUGGCAUCUACAAACCAGUGAAUAAGAGAAAGCAGACAAUAAACAUCAACGAGAUCUUAGCUUCACACAUGAAAAACUGCAUUGACAGGAAGUUCAAGGAGAUUUUCCCGAACGUCAGGAGCCACGGAGCCUUCAAAGGAGCCAUCAGUAAGUUCACUCUGCACACAGAGCGCCUGGCGGACAGGUACAAGGACGUCUCGCUGCACCUGAGAUUUCUAAAGUCAGAGGAAGAAAAACUGAAGAUGGAACUGAAUGAUGGCAUCAGAGAGCGUAAGAAAGAAAUCUACAACUCUCUGGAGGAGUCCAUCAGGACGUCCAUGCAGCCGUGCUACGACGAUGCAGCGCGACACAGCGGGAUAGGCUCCCUGCGAAGGAUGAGGGACACGAUUCAGACCCACCUGCAAGCCUCCAACGGCCGCAUGUUCAACGAGGCGAAGGAGGAUAUGCUGCGCCACCUGAGGAGCCUGAUGGACUGGAUCCAGGAGACAGUGGAGGACAAACUGGAGAUAUCUAUGAUGCUGUCGCUCAGGACAGAUGAUACCUGCAUACCAGAUGUCUCCGACGAGUACGACAAGGUGAGGCGAUUCCACGAAGCGCUAACAGGACGUCCUGGGACAGGAGCGCCGCGGGACAGUGUUGAACCAGUCGGCCCGGGAGCUGCAGGUGGAAUCCGCUCUGUGACACCAGCACAGGAAUCCUCGGUGACGACUGGAGACAGUGGCCAGAGAGAGCGCGACUCCGUGGCUCCCCCUGCAGCUGCAGCUCCUCGGCCCCGGGCGGAUCAGACUCCGCCUCCGCCUGCGGACAAGAAGCUGUACGACGCUCGGAUUGGCUUCAUCAACCGAGUGUCCGAACCGGUUCUAGAUGCUCUGCUGGAUGAACUCCUGCACCUGAAGAUUAUAAACAAAGGAGAAAUGGACGCGAGAGCUGGAGCUCCUCUGAAGCAGGAAGCUCAGCCAGCUUGCUGCUUCCUGUUCCAGCAGCAGGCUGGAGUGCGGGGAGGGAGUCGACCACAAGCAAAGGGACAGGAAGAGGGGGAGAAGGGGGAGGAGGAGGAGCCCGACACCCUGCUGCCUCAGCCCCCUGACCGCUCAGCACACUCCUCUGAUCAGAAAAACUUAAAAGAAAAUUAA